AUGGGUCACCGUAAAUUUGAAGCUCCACGUCACGGACAUUUGGGGUUCCUUCCUAAGAAGCGUACCAAGCACCACCGUGGUCGCGUUCGCAAGUUCCCCCGUGAUGAUGCGUCCAAGGCUCCGCAUCUUACGGCCUUUAUGGGAUUUAAGGCUGGCAUGACGCACAUUUUGCGUGAAGUGGACCGUCCUGGUUCUAAAGUGCACAAGAAGGAGAUUGUCGAGCCUGUGUCAAUUGUGGAAACGCCUCCUAUGGUUGUUAUUGGUGUCGUUGGAUACUUGGAAACCCCUCGUGGUCUGCGUACACUCACUACGGUGUUUGCUGAGCAUCUGAGCGAGGAAGUGAAGCGUCGUUUCUACAAGAACUGGUACAAGUCGAAGCGUAAAGCUUUUACGAAGUAUGCAAAGAAGUACCAGACGGCUCCUGCUGAUAUUGAGAAUGAGCUGAACCGUAUCAAGAAGUACUGCCAAGUUGUGCGUGUGCUUGCCCAUACGCAAGUGCGCAAGGUGAAGCUUCGCCAGAAGAAGGCCCAUCUUCUUGAAGUGCAAGUGAACGGUGGCUCGGUGGCUGACAAGGUUGACUUUGCCAAGUCUCUCUUUGAGAAGCAGGUGCCUGUUACGGCCGUGUUCUCUAAGGACGAGAUGAUUGACGUCAUUGGUGUCACCAAGGGUCACGGUGUUGAGGGUGUCAUUACCCGUUGGGGUGUCACCCGUUUGCCGCGUAAGACGCACCGUGGGUUGCGUAAGGUCGCUUGUAUUGGUGCUUGGCACCCGUCUCGCGUUCGCUUCACGGUGCCUCGCGCUGGUCAGCACGGUUACCACCACCGUACGGAGAUUAACAAGAAAAUCUACCGUAUUGGUGCUGCCGGCGACAAGAAGUCAUGCAUGACUGAGCAAGAUCUGACCGAGAAGGACAUCACCCCACUGGGUGGUUUCCCUCACUACGGUGUGAUCAACGAGGACUGGCUCAUGAUUAAGGGUCAGAUUGUCGGCACGAAAAAGCGUGCUUUGACCCUGCGCAAGUCGCUCUUGGUGCACACCAAGCGUUCGGCUCUCGAGGAGAUUAAGCUUAAGUUUAUCGAUACCUCGUCCAAGUUUGGCCACGGCCGUUUCCAGACGGUGGAAGAGAAGGCCAAAUGGUUGGGUCCUUUGGCUCGUCAGAAUCGUGCUUAA